CAUUCUCACCCCUAUAAAUAGAGGCAUUCAUUUCAUUCUCAAUCAUCACUUGAAGCUCCACUUCUCUCUAGAGUAAAGAUUUCAGAAGUCAUAAAGAAGCCCUGCAGAAAUAUAUACCGAAGCUCGGCAAAAGUGGAUUGAAGAUCAAACAAUUCAAGUGAUCCAGUCAAGCUAAAGUGGGACUGAAGAUCAAGCCAAUUUGAGUCCGGGGGCCCUUCAACGAAGAUCAAGCAACAAAGCCAUUCUUUGAAGAACAAGCCGCAUUCCGGAGGCCCUUCAGCUAAAGUUUCAAGUCAAGUUAACUAAGUGGAGAAUCAGAGGGUUUCCUUGAUAGAGAUUUUGUACCCGCGCACCCUUUGAAAUUCAAGUAUAUACUUUUCAUAUUUUCUUGUUCACAGAUUUUGGCAUGCCCAGUGGGACAUCUCUACCUCUCAUCUCUUCACUAUUGAUCAACUCAACAAGCAACUCUACCAGCAAUCUGAAUGGCGUCAAGAAGCUUGGUGUUCAAGAAGUCAUAUGCCCAAGUCGCUAGUUCCAAGUCUUCAUCGACAGCUAGUUACGAAGCUAGCCGAGAGACCGAAGAAUCAUUAACUAGGAGCCGCGCAAUGAGCUUAGGAAUGCGAUCGCCUGAACCUGAGUCAAUCGUUCGACGCAUGAUUCAAAGACUCGAAACAGCCCCUAUCGUCCCGAGGAAGCCUACCUACGUUGCGAGUCCACCAUCUUCAAAAGGGCAAACUGAUAGCGGGAGGUCAACUUCUUCGAAAGAAGCGGCAUAUAGCAAGAGUCCGACAUCUUUGAAAGAAGCUGCUGAUAGCGAGAGUCCAACAUCUCCGAAAGAAGCGACAUGUAGCGGGAGUCCAACAUCUUUGAAAGAAGCUGCUGAUAGCAGGAGUCAAGCAUCACCAAAAGGAAACGCUAAUACUGGAGGCUCGUCACCAACAUCGCCGACGUCUAACAUGUGGAAAGUUGCGCCAGAAUGGUCACAUGUCUAUACCAUCAUGCCAGUUAUGACAACAAGCGCAACAUCUAUAGAGGACCAGCUUGAUAGUAUUACUAAGGCUCUUGAAGGGAUGACCACCCUCCUUCAAAACCAAGAAAAGAGAAUCAACGACUUAGCUGAAAAGGUCGAUUGCACAAGGGAUGGCAAAACUAGCAAGGCUCUUGGGAAACAACCCGAGAUUCAAGGAGAAGACGCCUCGCACUCACCAACUCGCAUUGGGCGAACAACGAUACACGAGGAGUCAACUUCGGACAUGAGCAUUCCAGUCACUGGGGGCAUGAUACCUGUAGAUCGACUUAAUGAGUUCAUCAUGGGAGCUAUCAAAGGCAAGCUCGAGGGAGGACAACCUUCAUACACUUACUCCAAGCCAUACACCCAAAGGAUAGAGGAUUUGAAGAUGCCCGUUGGCUAUCAACCUCCAACAUUUCAACAAUUCGAUGGGAAAGGCAAUCCAAGACAACACAUCGCCCACUUUGUGGAAACAUGCAACGACGCUGGGACAUAUGGAGAUCUUCUUGUCAAGCAGUUCGUCCGCUCUUUGAAGGGCACUGCAUUCAAUUGGUACACCGACUUGGAGUCGGGUUGCAUUGAUAGCUGGCAUGACAUGGAGCGAGAGUUCUUGACCCGCUUCUAUAGCACAAGAAGAACCGUCAGCUUCUUAGAACUCACCACCACCCGCCAAAGGAAGGGUGAAUGCUCAACUGCUUACAUUGAAAGAUGGAGGGAGUCGUGCUUGAAUUGCAAGGAAAAGAUAUCACAGAGCUCCGCGAUUGAAAUGUGCAUCAAGGCAUGCACUUCGAGCUUUCUUACAUCCUCCAAGGACUCAAGCCUAAAACCUUCGAGGAAUUAUCUAGUCGCGCCCAUGAUAUGGAGUUAAGCAUAGCAGCUAAUGGUGGACAAAACAUACCCAUCCAAAGCUUCUACAAUGGGGGCAAGAGUCAUGAUGUUGAAAAUGGGGGCAAAUCCUUUAAGAAAUACGAAAGCAUGGAUGCUAUGCAUGUGAAUACUCAACCAUCUCGGAUGUUCACUAAAGCUACUAGUGAGUUUAAGAAUGCUGUUAUGUCAUUGCGGGGCGGUAGAAGGCUUUCUCUAAGGGAAAGACAAAACAAGCAGUAUCCAUUCUUGGAUUCUGAUGUCUCACAUAUGUUUGAUGAGCUGUUAAAGCACAACCUCGUUGAUUUGCCAGAAAUGAGGCGACCACAUGAGGCAUCAAUGGUAGAUGAUCCGAGUUACUGCAAGUACCAUAGACUCGUCAGACAUCCAAUUGAAAAUUGCUUUGUCUUUAAGGAUAAAGUAAUGGAGUUAGCUCAACAGGGAAAAGUUGAACUUGCAGAUUCCACAGCAAGCGCCAAUCAAGUUUCCAUCUCAUGCAAUAAAUCUACUUCACUACUCGUUAAGAGGAACAAUGUGAAAGGAAAUGAGAAAUGACAUAAGUGUCCAUUACCUCUUAAUGUCAUAGCUAAACAUGGUACUCGUUUUGGUGUUGAACAUGUUAAACAACAAGUUUGUGAUGCAACACGACCACCUAAGCAAGUUUUGAAAAGGUGGGUCAAGAAGAGAGUGUUAAAGGACACUAUUGAUGAGAAAACUUGCAACCACCAUAUGAAAGUACGAGUUCCAAUCACAUUAGCGGAUUAUGUGCCGAAGUGGUUACAUACUCCAACUAACCAAGAAAUGAAGAUGAAAAUUCCUCAAAUCAACCUAUGUGAUGGAGAAGAAUAUGCAUCAUCAUAUUAUACCACUAUCUGUGAUGGAGGCAAUAUUUGUCAAGCUUCCUCAGUAUGAAUUGAAAACACAACAUAUUCAAGGCUCCCCGGCACGAGUCGAAACUGCCUCAUAUUCAUUCAAGGCUCCUUGGCAUGACUCAAAACUGCCUUAUCUCCUUCAAAUCAUUUCAAUCUCCUUAGCACGAGGAUAAACUACUUCAAAUCAUUCCAAUCUCCUUAGUACGAGGAUAAACUGCUUCAUAUCAUUUCAGUCUCCGUAGUACGAGGAUAAACUGCUUCAUAUGGUGUCGAGACUUCCUUGAAUUAUGCACUUUCAAGCUGGAUGCGCUCUCACGUGACACAUUCAAGCAAGUCUCGAGGGGGCAAUUUGUAGACACAGAAAUUUUGAUGGAAUUAAAUUGGUUAUUAAUAUUGGACCCCA